AUGGCCGCUGAUGACAGCAGAGUGUAUCUGGAUCAGGAUGCACAGACCGGCUGGUCCAUGGCGCAUGCUUUUCUCUCUGCCUGUCUAUGUCUCUACUUUCUAUUGGUCAGUUUGAUGUCCGGUCUCGCUGCCCUGGACGCCAAGUGCUCCAGCCGCCUGGGCAUUAUGACCAUCUCCUACUACCUCUGGACCACCUUUGUUGCCGUCGUAGUGGGCAUCGUCAUGGUGUACAUCAUCCACCCGGGUGGAGCUGCCCAGAAGGAGGACUCAGAUGAGAGCAAGAAGCCGAUGACUAGCUCUGCUGAUGCUCUGCUGGAUCUCAUUCGCAACAUGUUUCCAGCCAACCUGGUUCAAGCUACUUUUCAACAGUAUCGAACACAGAGAGUCCCAGAACUUAUUCCCAAACCAACGUUGGCUCAGCUCCUGGAUGAGACCACCACGCGCAGGGUCUACAUCUACGGCAUCCAGGAUGACAAUGGCACUGAUGUGCAGAACUUCUCCCUGGACCUCACACCGCCACCUGACGUCAUCAUGAAAACAUCACCCGGUACCAGCGAAGGCAUGAAUGUGCUGGGGAUUGUUAUUUUCUCUGCAACCAUGGGAAUAAUGUUGGGGAGAAUGGGGCCCAAUGGAAGCGCAUUGGUCAACUUCUGCCAGAGUUUAAAUGAGGCAGUGCUGAAGAUUGUUGCCAUAGUCAUCUGGUAUUUCCCCUUCGGUAUUGUGUUCCUGGUUGCUGGAAAGAUCUUGGAGAUGGACGACCCUUCAGCCAUGGGGAAGAAGCUGGGCUUUUAUGCCAUCACUGUGGUAAUGGGCUUGGUGCUGCACGGGCUCUUCAUCCUCCCAGCCAUGUACUUCUUCAUCACUAAAAAGAGCCCCAUUGUUUACAUCAGAGGCAUCCUGCAGGCCCUGCUCAUCUCCUUAGCCACCUCAUCCAGCUCUGCUACUCUGCCUAUCACCUUCAAGUGCCUCCUCGAGAACAACCACAUCGACAGACGCAUCAUCCGCUUUGUGCUACCCGUCGGUGCUACCAUCAACAUGGACGGCACGGCGCUCUACGAGGCCGUGGCAGCCAUCUUCAUCGCCCAAGUGAAUAAUUAUGAGCUUGACUUUGGGCAGAUCAUCACAAUCAGCAUCACUGCCACUGCAGCCAGUAUCGGUGCAGCAGGAAUCCCACAGGCGGGACUCGUAACCAUGGUGAUUGUGCUGACCUCCGUUGGUCUGCCCACUGAUGACAUCACUCUCAUCAUUGCUGUUGAUUGGGCCUUGGAUCGAUUCAGGACCAUGGUCAACGUGAUGGGUGACGCCCUGGCCACAGGCAUCAUGGCUCAUAUCUGCAGAAAAGAUUUUGUCAAGGAGGGGGAGCAGGUGCCUCUGAUCUGCGAGACCAAACCCAUGAUCAGCAUCCAGCAGAUGAUGACCUACCAGAACCAGAAGAACGGCUGCUACCAGCCGCCCCCGCCGGGCAGCAAGCACGACCACCUCUCCCCGGACGUGGCUCGCCUGAUGCAGCUAGAGGAGGGCGUUCGGCCGAUAGAGAAGAAGAAGCACGGCCACUCCUCUCAUCACAAGAGAGAGCACAGGGACAAGGACCACUGUUCAAUUGACAUGAACGGCCUGGAGACUAAUGUAUAA